CUCCCAACUCCGCUCCUCUCUGCUCUCUCUCUCUCUGUCUCUGUUUCUGUUCAUUUCUGAACGUACACUAUGUUUCAUCCCAUGACUCUUUCAGAAAACAAACGCCUCUCAGUUACUCCCUUACUCUCUGCCACAGCAGCAAGCACCAGCAGCAUCAGCAGCACAAGCAGCGAGGCCUCCGAAGAAAGCCCGCCGACCUCAGCACGUUUCGAGCUCCAGGAUAUCAAGUACCAUCAUUUUCCAUGCACGCACUUAUCCGGGUCCUUCUCCUACCGAUCACUGGCUGUGCUUGCCGGCCAUAAAGGCUCGAUUUCGUGCCUGUCCUUAUGUGGAGAGUUCAUUCUCAGUGCUUCACAAGGCAAAGACAUCAUCGUGUGGCAGCAGCCUGAUUUGAGGCCUUUCACCAAGUUCGGACAAGGCGAUGGCUCGGUGAAGGCGGUUGUGACCGUUGGGAACAAGGUCUUUACGGCUCAUCAAGACAGCAGGAUCAGAGUUUGGAAGGUUUCGCGGAGUUCAGAGAAUGUGUUUAAGCUUGUGGACACACUGCCUACAACGAAAGACUAUUUGGGGAAGUUCAUGAAGCAAAGCAAUUAUGUGCAAACGAGGAGGCACCACAAGAAGUUGUGGAUUGAACAUGCUGAUAGUAUCUCUUGUCUGGCUUUCUAUAAUGGGUUGAUUUACUCUGGAUCGUGGGAUAAGACCCUUAAGGUGUGGAGGGUUUCGGAUUUGAAGUGCGUAGAGUCGAUUAAGGCUCAUGAUGAUGCCAUUAAUGGGUUGGUGGCAGGUAAAGGGAUCGUAUAUUCUGCUUCUGCCGAUGGAAAGAUCAAGGCUUGGGGAAAAGAGGGGAAGAGCUCACAUUGCUUGAAGGGUAUUUUGGAGGGUCAUAAGGAUGUUUCUUUCAAUUCGGUGAUUGUUUCCGAGGAUGGGAGAUGGGUUUAUGGAGGCGGUUCGGAUGGGUUUGUGAUGGGAUGGGAAGUGUGUACUAGUGAUGGUGAUCAAGUUGCGAGUUGGAAGUUGGUUUGCGAAACAAAAGCGCAUCAAAUGGCAGUGUUGUCAAUGUGUUUGAUGGGGGAGAUGUUGUGUAGUGGAUCAGCGGAUAAGAGUAUUGGUAUAUGGAAGAGAGAGGCUUUUGGGAAGCUUUCCAAAAUUGGGAUUAUUAGUGGCCAUGAAGGGCCAGUCAAGUGCUUGCAAGCAUCGCCGAAUAGUGUUGGUGGUGGAUUUAUGUUGUAUAGUGGAGGCCUUGACAAGAGCUUAAGAGUUUGGUGGGUUUCCAAGCCCUCCACAACACAGAGGAGUACAGAGGAAAAGUCCAUCAUCUUGAGUUAGAAAUUCUACAAAGUCUCUGUGUUUUGAUUUUUGGGCUCCUUGUUUUUGGUUUUAGGUGUCUGACAUUAUAGUUGGGUCUUAGUUCAUAGUCGCAUACAGAUCAAAGAGUUCAUUCAGAUUCAAAGGCAUUGGAAAGGGCAAUUUUGAAGCCUGGAAUGUCAAAUUUUUUAGAGUUGGUUUUGGGUUUGAGUUUUUGUAUACUUCACUUCAGAGAAUUGUGUGUAAAUUAUUUCCUAGGAAUACAAAAGGGUCAUAGGAAAAGUGGUGUGAUUCUGUUUUGUUCUCACUAUAGAUAGUCGGUUACAUUUCCUAUCAAUUGUAUUGAAGAUUUUAGUGGAUCAUCAAUGGAGUUAUCAAUUGUAUUUA